CGAAUUCAUAAUUAUUUUUAGUCUUCAAGUUACUCUAUCUUAGUUCGAACAUGAAGGUUGUGGCUAUCCUAUCAGUCAUGUUUACUCUGGCGAGUUGUGCUCCUCUGGACGAUUCAGAAAACGCAAAAAUAGUUAGUUAUGAAAACAAGCCUUAUAUCAAAGAAGAGAAUGGUUACAAAUUUUUAUAUGAAACUAGCGACGGUCAAUCACGACAGGAGCAGGGUCAGUUGGGAGGCCCCGAUAAAAUUUUGACUAUUAUGGGAUCCUAUAAAUACAUAGACACAAACGGAGAGCCUUACCAAGUGUCCUACGUGGCAGACGAUAAAGGAUUCAGGGUAAUAUCUAUCGGAAAAGCAACCUUCACUGGCUACGCCGCGGCACUCCCCAUUGGGGCAAUUGAAUCAUUAGUCGGAUGA